CAAACUCCCACACCCAACAUGCCGGAGCUCAACAUGGAAGACAUCCCAUACAGCGAGCUUUCGCAUGAAGAGAGACCAUACCGUUGUGCUCAGAUUGUGGCCCUCACCAAAGCCGAAAUCCCAAAGGAGAAGAUUGAGACAUUGGAGGAUAUCACUAACCGUUGGUGGAAGACAGCCUCCUACCGCGACAGCCCUCGUUCUGGACGCCCUCAGAUCCUUUCCAAACGCGAUAAGGACGAGCUCGCUUGCGGUGUUCGCACAGGGAAGUACAACAACGCCAUGAAAGCUGCUGCUGCCUUCAAUCAUGGUCCCCAAAGGGAUGUUUCAGCGGAGACAGUACACUUGUUACUGCUCAAAAGCGGAGCAAAUUGUGUUACACAGACAGGAGGAAACCGUUUCUGUUGCCUGCGGCUCGGGAAAGGCGUUACCAAUGGGCAAAGGAGCAUUUGCACUGGAGGAAGGAGGACUGGAUGCGGAUCAUCUACACCGACGAAUCGAAAUUCCAGCGUUCUGGGCCAAGACAUGUUGCAAAGGUCUAUGGAGAAUGAAUUCAUUCCUCGGAUGCAUUCUGUUGGUGGGAGUAUUUUCGUGUUUGGUGGAAUGUGCUGGUGGGGGGCCACAAAACUCGCUCGUUCGCAGGUCCCAACGGUCGACAAGUUCGUGAUGCACGACUUUGUUGAAGACUUUCUACUUCCCAAGCUUCGGGAGUUCAGAGAAGCCGACAUCAAUCUCACAAUCCAACAUGACAACGACGCCAAGUUGCACGCGCCCAACUGGGAAGAAUUCUACGAAAGGGAGGGAUAUAGAGUCCUACCCUGGCCGGCAUACUCACCUGAUAUGAACCCCAUUGAGGACUCGUGAUGCCUGAUCUCCAAACGCCUGGAAAAGCAAGCUGCGGUUGCAAAAGACCUCGAUGAACUAUGGGAGUGGACGUUGGGGGAAUGGG